AUGGUGUACUGGGCUACUCUCCCUAGAGCGUGGGAGCUGGAGGAUGUACAGGCAAUUUUGAAUGUUAUCAUCACUACCCUAGGCGGCAUCACCGUCUAUGUCUUUUCACGCUCUUGCUGGUCAAUCAGUGGACGCCUAGCUGCAAAGGGCAAUGCUGUGCCAGUUACGUCUCUCUUCAGCGUGAACACGCCUGGCGAAGCUAUUGACGCCUUAAACCUUUUGAGGUCUCAUGUCUUGCGGCAUUGGAGAAUCCUCGUUCAGUGCAUUGCGGUCAUUGCUCUGUCUCUGUUGACCGUUCUUUCCGGACCGAUCGCGAAAUACUCGACGAAAAUGACCGAUGUCAUCAUCAAAACCGAGGUCAAUGGGAACCUUGCUAUGGGUCACAACAGCAUGGCUGAUUCCCAGGUUCUCUGGAACCUGACCCAGGAGAGUCUUGACUACGCCGGCUUCCCCACAGACCAGUUGUUGGACUACUUGCCUGACACCGGGAACUCCUGGAUCUAUCGCCCGGAAGAAUGGAACAACACCUGGUCGAUGACCUGCCAGUCUACCGAGUCCACCCCCGUGGACCUGAGGCUAGCCGCGAACUGCACUUCGUUCGAAUCCAAGUUCGCGCCAUCGCUGCUUCAAAUGUUCCCCCAAGCUUAUUUCGCCGAGGACUUCUAUUACAACUAUGGGGAUUAUUACAUCAACCAGACCUACAUCCAGGAUCUCCUCGUCAUCAUGUAUGCCGCUAACUACACGGACUACGAGGAGUCGACCGGGGCUUGGCGCACGAUCGAUUUGUCAAUGGGUGCUUUCCACGCCCAUGGUAUCCCCAAGAACGACUCUGAUUGGGACAUGUGUCGAUUCGGCGAAGGGGAGGCUGAACGAGCAUCCUACAGUCGGAUCGAUUGCCGCGUGAAGCGCGACCUUGGCAGCUUUGGUGAUGCAUUUUUCGGCGCAUUUCCCGAUGCCGGGGAUGUGAGCGCUGUCCCUACCAGCUUUGUUGGAAACUUCUUCGCCCGAUUUAAGCAGGAAGCAAUAGAAGACUUGGAUAUCUCGAUCAUCACACCGCGAGAUCUCCAGCGCUUCUAUCAGGUGUACAUGGCCACCAAGGACACUCAGAAUAAACUACCAGUGCGCCGCCUUAUGAGUGUCAAAGUUGCCGCUGUGCAACUGUCCACGGCAUUCAUUGCAGUUUUCGGGCUCCUCGCCUUCUCCAACUGCCUUGCCGGAGCUACUUAUGGCCUCAUGUUCUUACACAACCGCGAAGCUGUGGCAUCGGUACCCCAAUCGAAGCUAGACUGGCUGCUGCAGUCUAUCACUUCGAGGACGACGGCUGUCAGAGGUCUGGGCUAUGCACUUCCAAUGCCGGGGACACCUGCAGAACGACGAGCAGGGAAAGGGUGGCGCAACAGUGCCGAGAGGAAACGAGCCCAGCUCGAGGGAGCCGUCUACGAUACGACAUGGGCGGAGCACAACCAACCCACACCUGACUUCACGACAUUGCCUCCUGAGUUCCCCGUCAAGAUGUCCGGGACACGCCAUCCGGCACCUUUCUACGCGGUCGGACCGUCAUAG